GUAAACGCAUAAAUGCGACACACCAACAAAACCAAAACAAAACAACGUGGCUACAGAGACGUUGAUCAAAUUAGAAAUCAAACUAACAAUCACCAUGUUUAUCUAAUGUCAUUUCCAGUGGUUAGAUUUAAAAAGGUGUACAAGAAUUGCUGAAUGCGACCAAAUAAUGGCAACUGUAGAUUCUCUAGUGAGCCUGUGUGCUGAAAGUGUUGCUCGGCGUGCUGAGAAGUAUGAUGACGACAUCAGGAUCUUGCCUGUUGGCGUUAAAGACAGAUUAUUACGAAUAAUGUCGUUUUAUGGAACAGUCACCGAUUCCAACAUCAGUCAGCUCGUGCACUCCGGAACUCACAAAUUGGACCUGCAGAACUGUAAAGUGUCAGACUCUGCGCUUCAACAAAUUAACUGUCGGCAACUGAAGACCAUAUUUCUAAGAGGCUGUGCAGAUAUAUCAUCUGAGGGUAUAGAGGUAUUGGCCUCCCAGUGCCCCUGUCUUCAGGUAGUUGAUCUGACAGGUUGCACAGCUGUGACCGAUUCAGGGAUACAAGCUCUGGCUCAACACUGCAAAUGUUUAGAAGUGAUUUCCCUCCGUGACUGCACUGCUCUCAGUGAUAAAGCCCUGCUAGAGCUGGGGGCAAACUGCAGGAUGAUGCACAGCAUCUACUUCUCUGGGACAGAGGUAACUGACCAAGGGGUCAUUGGACUUGCAACUGGAGUUUGUUCAAACAGCCUAAAGGAGUUACAGAUGGUACGAUGCCGCAAUUUAACCGAUCUCGCUGUGACUGCUGUUCUUGCAAACUGUGCCAACAUCCGAAUUUUCAAUUUCCAUGGAUGUCCCCUCAUUACAGAUAAAUCAAGGGAGGCGCUCCAAAACCUUAUUGGCCCAGGCAAGAUCCAACAAGUGUCAUGGACUGUAUACUGAUAACAGUAGUCUUAUAUGUGUGUAUGUCAUCCUCAUAUCUACUGCAAAGUUCAUCAGAGUUUAACGAAACAAACAUUAAAAGCACAUGCAUUUCUAAAGUGUCAUUUAGUCUUCACUGUUUGUAUUGUAAAUGUUUACAAACAGCUGUAUUUAAUAUUAUGGAUAUAUUUAUUAAGAUAAUUAUGUAAUGAUGUUUUGUUGUUAACCUUAAACCUGUACACUAAUAAAUGUAUAAUAAAUGUUGCACACUGGAAAUACCAUUAAAAUAAGUACUAAUUGAUGAACAUUUGCAUAUUCUUAGUUAGAGCAAUAUUUUUAUUUUAUUUACAAGUUUUACCUAUUUAAGCUUAAAUACAUAAGCUGUCAGAGGUCAGGUUUGUAGCACCACACUGUGGUACUUGUUAGUCCAUAAUUCUCCUCUUUGACAGAGUCCGGUAAGUGAGCCAGUUGAUGUAAUAGUCUUCUGAUGCCUUGGCUUUCAAAUUGAGCAUGUCCUGUGUCACCAAUAAGCACUUGUUUCAUUUGUGACAGUGUAUGUGUUAAGCACUUACGCAGACGAUCAGCCAGAGCUUCAUCAUAGAACAUGUCUCCUAGAAGGAUGAGGUCCCAGUCAUCAGGCUUUGAGCCAAUCAUGUUGUCACACUGGUUAAAUGCUGCAAGUUGUUUAGUUCACAGUUCAGUUUUGUGACAACUGUAGCAACUGCAAUAACAAAAGCAUAAAAGCAAUGAAAACUUUUUUUAUUUUAUUAUAUUUUUUUACUUUCUUAAAAUGCAAAUAGUACAUUUUUUUUUUUAGAAGUAGAUUAUACUACUGGAGAGUUUAGCUGGAACUCAACUAGAAAAUUCAAAACAUUCCCAAAGAAAUGUUAAAGUGUUAGUUCACCCAGAAAUGAAAAUUCAGUCUCCAAACUUCUGUAUCGGCCAAAAAAUGUUACCUCGAAGUUUCUUCUUUAAUUUUAUAAUGACUGUAUUAUUAUUAUUUCUUGCAAAAUGUAAUAUAUAUGUGUAAAUUUUCAAUCCCUUCUUUUUUAUUUACAAGAAAGGUAUUGAAUUGUACUUACAGUCUUUAAAAAAAAAAAAUAUUUGAAUGAUUGGGAAUUUAUUUAUUUCACUUUUGUUGUACAUUUUUUGUUUUGCAUUGCUUAAUAAUAAUAAUAAUAAUAAUAAUAAAACCACAUGACUGAAAAUAGCACAGUGCACCAUACCCAUAUUAUGGAGGACAAAUAAAAAGUGGAAAUCAUAAAUAAAUAAAUAAAUUGACAAAUAUGGUUUUCAGAGAUGAUAAAAAUAAGACAUCUUUAAAUAUAUAUAUAUUAUUUUAAAACAUGUUUAUUAAGUUCAAAUAUAAUAUUUGUGUCCAUGUUGGUUUCAUUCAUUUAAAAAAAAAAUGUAUAGCACUUUCUACAAAAAAUUUUUUUUGUGAAUUUAAAAAAUAUCCACAAAAAUAACGAUUUUUAAGUAGCCUUGUAGUCACUAACAAAAAGUAUGGUAUUACCAUGUUUUGUGGACAGGUUACAUGUACAGGUCAAACAGGCUAGAUGUAUGUUUAGAAAUGUACCACAGUAGUACCAUAGUAUUCUUUGGUGUACCUUGGUGAAUCAUGUAAAUACUAUGGUACAUAAAAAUGGCAGUCAUUCAUCAGUACCAUGAUAUAUUUUAAAGAACCAUGUUCUUAUAUGUAGUCUGCCGGACAUUGUGCCAUGGUAAUGUCAUGUUUGUGGGAGUUUGUUUUGGCACAAUGCAAUAAAUGUCUUACAUUUUCAAAUGUAGUCAUGAAUGCAUGAUUUUGUUGACAACUUGAUUACAUAUUUAUUCAUUCAUUUCUGUAAUAGUUUUAUUUACCUAUUCUAACAUUUAUUUACUUAUCAGAGACGUUACAUUUAAAUCUGUACUGUUUCAAAGUAAGUUUAUGUUUAUGCAUUUUCAAUUCAGUCUUUCAAUUCAAUCUUUAUGAUAAGUCUUAAAAAUAAAAAAAAUC